AUGUUCGGGGAUGACUUGUUUUCAUGCUUUUUGCCGGGGAAUUUCUUUUCGAAUUCGAUGAUGAAUGAUAAUCAUUUCAGUCGGGCGCUCAUGGCGCAUGAGAGGGCAUUCAGGCAUGUACAUCAAGAAUUCCAAAGAGUCGCGCAAGAAAUAUUUGAUUCUUCAGCGCUACCUAGACAAUUUUUCAAUUCGCAAUUCAGAGAUAUUUCCAUAAUUCCACCUGAUCGAGGUACUCAAAGAGUAACGCUAAGCGAUCCAAAUGAUGUAGUUGGUAAUUCACGCGUACACAGGCAUAGAAAUAAUGAUCCUGUGACAUUUGAAAGAACCAGACUGCAAUGGUAUGACUCGAAUACUCGUAGGUCAUUCUUGCCUGAGCCACCUGCCCGUCCUAAAGUAUUAGGAUUUAUGAAUGCUGAUGAACUGAAAAAACUUCCUACGAGCAUUUAUAGAAUUAAAAAGACCUCAUCAACAAGUGAAGACACAUUUACAUCACCUAAUGCGACUGCAAAUUCAUCAAAUGCUCCUAAUAUUGUACCUGUUCUUAAUGAAAACCAAAGUAAUAUGACACCAUCUGGUGGUACACAUUAUCUUGAACCAGAAUCAAAAACAACUACUCUUGUCCAAAUUCAACCAAUACAAUCAUCUCCAGCACGUGGUCAUCCUGAAUGUGAAAUAUGUUUAAUUGAAUAUCAAGAUAAAGAUCGCCUCCGCCAUCUUCCUUGUGGACAUGCAUUCCACAUGAAAUGUAUUGAUGCCUGGCUAAAACAGUCAACAACUUGUCCGAAAUGUCGUGCUGGUGUUCGUGCUGGACUUGCUCGGUUAGAACGCAACCGUCAGCGACAGAGAGCUCAAUCAAAUAGUGGGACAACUUCGAAACCGACGCCCAUACGAGCUGUUCGUUCACGUCCAGGUGCAUCAACUUCAAAUGUUCAAGAACAGCAUCGUCCAUCGAAUUCCAGACAAGGUUCGCAAACAACCAAUAGAAAUCAGAUAACCAAUCAGAGUUCUGUUGUUGGGACUGCUUCCGAUACACAGAAUAAUCGUACUACUCGCAGUCGACCUAAACCUUCAGCUGCUUCAACUUAUGCUACGUCUACCAUUUCUACUAAUCGCACUACAAAUGCUCCAGUUAAUCAACGAAAUCAACGUUCCGUUUUGCAACCUAGUUCCAAUCAGCAAGGUUGUUCAUCAGAACUUAAUAAUGAAAACCACGAUGAAGAUGAUCUUAAGCAUCUAACUAAUAUUAAACCCAGUACUCGUGAAAAUACAGUGUCUCAAAAUAAAGUUAACGAGUCAAUUAUCGCUCGACGGAAAGCUGUUGAAGCAGCUUUGAAAAGGGCGGCCUUAUCAGAAGCUAUUCAAUAACAGAUUGAAGGAAAUCCACUUCCAACCUCAACAUAAGACAUAUAAUUAUCAGUUUAUUCUAUACGCCUAAUAUCAUUUGUUUCUUCACUUACUCAUCUAUUCAUUAAACAAUUGCCCUCGAACUCAAUCGAAAUAUGAUUAUUGCAGAUAUUCAAUGACUCAUGUGAUUAUAUUUUACUAUCAUUUUCAUUAUUAUUGUCAUUGUUAUCAUUAAUAUUAUUGUUCUAGGAAACUUAUUUCUUUCUUUCGUUUGUGUAGUUUACUCGUAUUUUUUUCCACAUUCUAUCAUUACAUUAAUUGUCUUAUGUAUGUUAUAGUUACAGAGCAGUAUGAAAGUAUCUAGAUAAUUUGGUCAGUUUAUUUGUUAAAGUUCAAACUACUUUAAAUGUUAACGAUGUUUUUUCUUCAAAACAGAACACAUAAAAGAUAAAAAGGGAAAGAACUCUAUCUUGGUCACAUAUUCAAUUUUGUUGGCGUAGAUAUUUGCGCAUUUCGAAAAUGUUCAUGGUAAUAAUAUUACAGAAUUUUCUUCGUUCAAGAAUUAUAUAAUCUUUUGACUUAUAGAUAUACAUUUUUAAAACAACGAUGUACUAUCAUUUUAAUCGGCUUUCAAUAUUUGUGUCAUUCUAUGAGUUACUUAUUUCAGACUCAUUUUAAUGUACGAGAUACAGUGAAUUAUUAUGAGGGGAUUUUGGAGGAAUCGUUCAUUUGUAAUUAGCUUAGAGAUUGAUCCUUGAAGUUGGAGUAAAAACCUGUGAUCAGAAGUUUAUCUAAAUCGGUAGGCGAUAUAACUAUCUUCGAUGACACCAAAUCGUCAUGCAAUACUGCGCAUUGAUGGAAAUUAGACAGACUCCGUGAGUUAUCAUGACUUGAAAAUUCUCAACCAACCAUGUAUGAUGUUUACAGUGUGUAGUGUUCAGGGUUCCAGAACUACGAGAGAUCCGUUAUUUUGCACGCCUUGGUUUUUAAUGGUUAUCCAACCAUCAAUUUGUAGUGAGAAUCUGUUCUAUGUUGAAGUUUGUAAUGUUAAUAAUAGUAAUACUCUUGAAAGUUUUACAAUUUCGUCAAUCGAUGAAAUUCAAAUACCUUCCACUAAAUUUAUAUCGCUUCACUAGGUUUCAUGAAUGAUAUCAACCUGUAAUUUAAAUAGCGCACAAUACUAAGCAAUACGUAUUUUAAUUUUGUAAUUACUAUAUGUGGUUAUUCAUUACAGAAAGGAAAUCCUCAUUUAGCUGAACAGUUACCUGACUAUGUAACGCUAAUACUAUCGGUGACAAAAAUAUAUAUCAGAAGGGGUUUUGUGAUUUUAGAAAUUUCACUGAUUGAAAUGAUGAGUCAAUUGAAGCUAGACCACCAUAGUCUGCUCACUAGUGACUGACUUCAAGAGAUACUCCUGGAGUUCUAGUGAGAAGCCGUUACCAGUGGAGUUCAACCAGGUCUGUUGUGAGAUAUCAACUCACUGGAGACAAUGGCGCAACUUCGUGGGUUGGUUGAAGUUAGACAUUAAUAUCGUUGGAUGCCGGCUCAGUGGUCUGAUUGGUUAAGCGCCUGGCGAGAGACUGAUAGGUGCCGGGUUCGAGUCUCGCGGGGUCGUGGAUGCACACUGCUGAGGAGUCCCGUACUAGGAUGGAACGGCCAUCCAGUACUUCCAGGUUUCCCAUGGUGGUCUAGCUUCAAUUGACUAAUGAUUUCAAUCAGUGAAGAAUAUAUGUUGUUCAUUCCCAUACAAUUACAGCAAAAUCAGGGAAUGAAUGUUUAACGCAGACCAGACUUGGAAAACACAUAGCUGUUCUCGGUAUUGUAAACUAAUUGGAAUGCUUUAUGAAGCGCGCAGCAACAAAUAUUAAUCGGUUCCGGGAGCAUUUUCUAAGACCACCUGGCUUGCAUCCUUAUAUAACAUAUGUGGGAUUUCCAACUAUAGAGGUGUCUCAAGAAUUAAAGUAUCUAAAAUAAACACUUCUUAUGAGCCCAAAGAUCUAAGAAGUCUCAGUCAACUUCAGCAAUGUUUCAAUGGGGGCUUGUGAAUACGGCCAGCGCCAGUCUGUUAUAGAUUUUAGUGUUUACUUACUGGUGACAUGGCUCAGAAUUGAUCACAAUGGUGGUGUGUGCACUCUUCGUGUUCCCUUAAAUCGUGAGAUUAAAAUUACAUAUCCUUAUAUGCAAUCUUUCUUUUGUAUAUUACCACCAUUGUAUUAACUACUAUGAAAUCGGUGUUCAUCUUGUGCUAAUGAGUUAUGGUAAUUUGGAACGAUGAAUAUAUGUGCCUGGUCCCACGUUGUUGCUGACUGGUGCAACUAUCGUCUUCUAACGUAAAGUCUAAGGAGGGAUGGGAGACAUUGGAAACACCCAACUCGGUUCGGUUAUUAAUCAAUUUAACAAAUAUAUGGAACAAGUGCCGAUGGACUGGAAAGAAGGACACCUCGUCAAGAUUCCAAAGAAAGGAGAUCUGAGCAAAUGUGAAAACUACAGAGGCAUAACACUACUGUCAAUACCAGG